AUGUAUAGGUUUUUAGUGGUUUUGACGGUUGUCGGCGCAGUUAAAGAUCCAGCAGCGAACCAACUUAUAAUGUUUAAGGAAAGGACUACGGGUCCGAUUGGUAUUAUGACAACCAGCGCUGGAGGACCUAUAGAGCAUAAAGACACAAACACACUAAAUUCACGAUUAAUAUUUAAUGAGUUCUUUAUGGAUUCUGUAACACAUACGGUCCGAGAACGUAUACCGGAGAGAGUUGUACACGCGGUGGCUGGUGGAGCAUUUGGUUACUUCGAAGUAACCCACGACAUCACGCAUAUCUGCAAAGCCAAAUUAUUCAGUAAGGUGGGAAAGAAGACGCCUGUAGCUGCUAGGUUUUCUCCAGUAGUUGUAGAACGAGGUGGAAGCGACACAUCAAGAGACGCCCGUGGCUUUGCAGUCAAAUUUUAUACAGAAGAAGGAAACUUCGAUAUUGUAGGAUUUAAUACUCCAAUGUUCCUUUAUAAAGACCCUGUCAUCUUCCCUACCUUCGUGCAUUCAUUCAAGAAAAACCCAGCAAGUAACUUAUUUGAUGCGAACUCUUUUUGGGAUUUCCUGACUCUUCAACCGGAGACAUUCCAUAUGUUUCUUUUGGUUUUUGGAGAUCGUGGCAUUCCUGAUGGCUAUCAUCAUAUGCCUGGGUUCGGUAUACAUACUUUCGAAGUAGUAAAUGAACAUGGUACAAAAUAUUUCGUUAGAUUUCACUUCAUACCUGACGCUGGCAUUAAGAAUUUACGUUCAGAGGAGGCAAAGAAAAUAAGUGCCGAAGAUGCUGACUAUAAUACUCGAUUACUAUACCGAUCCAUUGCAAAUGGUGACUUCCCCACUUGGACAGUUAGUUUACAGAUACUGAGUCUAGAAGACGUGAAAAAUGCUAGAAUUGAUGUAUUUGACGUUACAAAAGUGCUGCCUUUAGAUGAAUAUCCCUUGACACCUGUGGGUAAAAUGGUUCUAAACAAAAACGCCGUAAACUAUUUCGCUGAAAUAGAGCAGUUAGCAUUUAGUCCAGGAAAUCUAGUACCAGGUAUUCUUGGUGGCCCUGAUAAACUGUUUGAAGGUCGUCGUUUGGCGUACAGAGAAGCUCAGCACUAUCGUUUGGGUGGCAAUUUCAAUAAAAUUCCCGUUAAUUGUCCGAUACAGUCUAAAAUUUUUGAGUAUAACAGAGAUGGAAGGCCACCAUUAAAAGAUAACGGAAAAGAUAUACCAAACUAUUAUCCGAAUUCAUUCAAUGGUCCAGUUCCAUACAAGGACCAUAAAAGAGUUGAGUUGUUACAUAUCUUCGAGGAAGAUCCUAACAAUUUCGACCAAGCUAGAGAAUUGUAUACUAAUGAAAUGACAACAGAAGAAAGGAGACGUUUAGUUGAAAAUAUAUUGUAUAGAUUAGCGCCGGCCGCGAAAUUCCUGCAAGAGAGAGCUGUCAAGAUAUUUCACAUAAUUCACCCAGACCUUGGCAGUAAAAUAGAGCAAGGGUUACUAGUUAAUAGCACAAAACACUAUUGGGAUGAUUAUUAA